AACAGCAACAGAAUCUCACCCAAAUACCAUUCUUUCUCUUCAAUGGCACUCCAGAUUCUGUCUUAAAAACGUCUCCUCAUACAACGGCCUAUUUUCCUCUUUCUCUCUCUAAAUCUCACUCUCCCUCUCUCUGAAUCUCGCUCUCUGUCUCUCGUUAAAUCACACUCAAUAGAGUCCAUUCGCUUUCUAUAAUACUAGUACAACCACAAAUUUAUUUUCUUUCUCUGCCGGUGACAACAACAACCCAUCUAGUUCAUGUGAAAGUUUUCACACACAGACAAAGAGAGAGAGUGAGAGAGAUCUGAGAUUUAAUGAUUGAAACGGGUCGCUUGCCUCUGAUUCAGGUGAACUGAGUGUUCUUUCUACUCUUUUUUUUUUUUUGUUUUUUUUUGUUUUUCACCCUUUUCACUUCUCUCACCAUUUCACUGUUCUUUCCCGUUUUGUCAAAAAAAGAGAGGGUUGGUUAGGGCUACAAAGCAAAAACAGAGCUGUGAUUAGUUCAGAGAUUCCAAAAAGAUUCAUCUUUUUCAGUCUCUCUUGUGUUCUAUGAUUUGCUUAUAUGUGAAGUAGCAUUUGAAUUUUGAAGCUUUCAAAGCUUGGGCUUGGUAGUAGUUUUUUUUUUUUUUUUUGGAAAUUUGCUAUAUACACUCUUUUCCUUUUAGUGACAAAUGGUUUGGCUUAAAGAGUUUGCAAUUUGGGGGGUUUUUGGGGAGUUGUCAUUGGACUUGAGGUUGUUAUUGCAUGUUAAAAUUUAUGAUUUGUUGAUGGGUUGGUAAUCUAGAUAGCUUGGAUUUGGGCAUUAAUGGUGGCUGUAUAAGACACCACUAGUGGGAUAUCACUGGUGGGUCUUGAUGGGUUUUGUUGUCCUUGUAAUGCCAUAUGUGUGAAGAUUUGGGACAGUUAUAAACCCCCCAAAAUGCAAUAUUUGCUGACAUUUUGCCUUAGUCUGCGAAAAUUCCUGCUAUUGGACCCAUUUAUGUUCUGAUCAUGAACAGGGCAGUUCGUGACCGGAUACUAAAAGAUGCCAAUUUUGAUAUUAGCAAUCAUCUACGUAACCAUAUUCAUCUGACAAAUUGUAUUCAUUUGAAGAACCAUAUGCAUAAGCAUAGCCCUAUACUGGCUGAUAGGUCGCUCAUGAGGGACCUUGUUGUCCUUCAGAGGUCAAGAUCUCUCAGGGAUCCUUCUGCAAGUCCGCCUUCAUGGAAUUCUCCUUCUGAUCUGCUUUCUAAAAGAGGUGAGAAGGAUACCAUGGUGGGUAAUGGAAGACGGUCUCUGGGCACGGAGUAUCGGAGGGAUGGUAGAGGGGUGUCGGGAAGCUCACCUCUCUUAGCUAGUUUAGGAAGAGGGAAAAAUGAUGUGGCUACUGCUGUGAGCGAGCGCAGUAACAAGAGUGGAGUUCGGGAAUGCAGAAGAAUUAAGAGAGAUGAAUCAAGUCAAAGGAAUUUGGGUACUGACCUUAAUGGUGGCAAUGAGGAGCCUCUAGAAGAUGAUAAUGGUUUGAUUCAUGACAUUGUUUCAGGGAACUCUGAAGCAAAGGAUAAGAAAAUGAAACAAAAGGGGAGGUAUAGAGAAGAGGGUCACCUCAAGACUCUCUCCGAGCAGCUGAAUGAUGUCCGAAUAGAUAGUGAUGAUGUAGCAUUAUCUCAUAUCCAUCUUCGUGGUAAGCAUAACCAAAAUGAGCAAAUGGUUGAGGAAGCAGAAGCCAGCAUUCGUGGCUACCAUAGUGGAUUGAAUAGGGAAAAAAGGCGUAAGUUUCAAGGUAUGAGAAAAACUCGAACUUUUAAAGCUUCAAGAGAUGCUGGGACUCAAAAUGAAAUGUCUGUGGCCUCUAAUUCUUUAGCUCAAAGUUCGGCUCAUCCAAAGCACAACAUGGAACAGGGAGAAGAAGAGUAUGACGAGAAGAAUGUCACAAGGGCUCCAAGAAAUGGGUGUGGCAUUCCUUGGAAUUGGUCGAGACUUCAUCACAGGGGGAAAUCAUUUCUUGACAUUGCUGGAAGGAGUUUGUCUUGUGGUUUGUCUGACUCGAAAUUAAAGAAAGGCGGUUCAGUUCCUGAAGGUGGAGAUGCUACUGUUAUGCCUGUGAUGUCCGACCACUCAAGCUCUUCUACUAAAUUUGAUGCAGAAGCACUGCCUUUACUGGUGGAGGCAUCUGUAUCUCGAGAAACUACUGACAAUGCUGCUUGGGUGCAUGACUAUUCUGGGGAGUUGGGUAUUUUUGCCGAUAAUCUGUUAAAGCAUGAAAUUGAUUCUGAUCUUGCUUCAGAAGCUAGAUCUGGUGAUCAACACAAGUUUAGACGGCAUCGCAAUCGUAGACACCAGAACUUGACUCAGAAAUACAUGCCAAGAACCUUCAGAGAUCUAGUGGGGCAAAAUUUGGUAGCACAAGCUAUUUCGAAUGCUGUUGCUAAAAGGAAGGUUGGCUUGUUAUAUGUGUUUCAUGGACCUCAUGGUACAGGAAAGACCUCAUGUGCACGCAUAUUUGCCAGAGCUCUAAAUUGCCAGUCUGUGGAGCGACCCAAACCUUGUGGGUUUUGUAAUUCUUGCAUUGCAUAUGACAUGGGUAAGAGCCGAAAUAUAAGGGAAGUAGGUCCUGUCAGUAAUUUUGACAUUGAGAGCAUUAUGGAUCUACUUGACAAUAUGAUCAUUUCCCACCUGCCAUCACAGUACAGAGUCUUUAUUUUUGAUGAUUGUGAUACCCUGUCUCCUGAUUGCUGGAGUGCUAUAUCAAAGGUCGUUGAUCGAGCACCUAGGCGUGUGGUUUUUGUCCUUGUCAGUUCGAGUCUUGAUGUUUUGCCUCAUAUAAUCAUAUCCAGGUGCCAGAAAUUUUUUUUUCCAAAGUUGAAGGAUGCAGAUAUUAUCUAUGCUUUGCAGUGGAUUGCAGCUAAAGAAGAUCUAGAAAUUGAUAAGGAUGCACUAAAACUUAUUGCAUCCCGAUCAGAUGGAUCUUUGAGGGAUGCUGAGAUGACUCUUGAGCAAUUGAGUUUACUUGGGCAGAGGAUCUCCGUUCCUCUGGUUCAAGAAUUGGUUGGACUUAUAUCUGAUGAGAAGUUGGUAGACCUACUUGAUUUAGCAUUAUCUGCAGACACAGUUAACACUGUUAAGAAUUUGAGAGAGAUCAUGGAAUCUGGUGUUGAGCCAUUAGCUUUAAUGUCACAACUUGCUACAGUAAUCACUGAUAUUUUGGCUGGUAGCUAUGAUUUGGCGAGAGAAAGGCCUAGAAGGAAGUUCUUUCGAAGACAAGCUUUAUCAAAAGAAGAUAUGGAAAAGCUACGUCAAGCUCUGAAAACAUUGUCUGAAGCAGAAAAACAGCUGAGAAUGUCAACUGACAGAUUAACAUGGCUAACAGCGGCAUUGCUGCAACUUGCUCCUGAUCAACAGUAUCUGUUGCCCAGUUCCUCUGCAGACACUAGUUUUAAUCCUAGUCCAUUGGUCCAAGACAAUUCUGCCGGAAGAGAUGUGCCCACAAAGAGUAAUGUUGAUCCUGCGUUGCUAAAAGGUAAUACCAAUGGAGGAUUGUCAAUGCAUGUAGAAAACUUUCAAGCUGGAAGUUCAAGUGAUGUUUUUCGUAAUGGUAAGAUGAAAGGUAAUACUACAGAUAGAAGGAGACAUGCUGCAUCUGCGACGGUUCCUCAACAGACAUUCACACUCUCUGCUGAUGUGAAUAGAAUAAGUGGCUGGCCGUUACCAGGUAGAGUUCAUAAGGGGAUUGACGAAAUUUGGUUGGAGGUGCUUGAAAAGAUCCAAAUAAGUAGCAUAAAAGAGUUUAUGUAUCAAGAAGGAAAGCUGAUUUCAGUCAGCUUUGGUGCAGCCCCGACUGUUCAGUUGAUGCUCAGUUCACACCUCACAAAAUCUAAGGCAGAGAAGUAUAGGGCGCACAUAUUACAAGCAUUUGAGUCUGUGCUUGGUUCUCCUGUGACGAUUGAAAUCAGAUAUGAAUUGAAGAAAGAUGCAAGGGUCGGAAAUAACAUGUCACCCAUCUUACCAAGUUUGCAGGAUGGUUCAUCUCAGAUUCAUACCAAUGCAGGGCCUAUGAGCAGUAACAGGAUGACUAUGGUUGAUAGCAGCAAAAGGGUUUCACAAGAAAGAGAUGGUUUAACUCAACCCCAUGUAUUACAGUCUGAGUCACUUGGACUGGGAAGAAGUGAAAUUGUUGAAAUAGCUUCUCCUAGAGAACCGAAAGGUAAUGGGAAUAAAGAUAACAACACACAACAUGAUAGAAGAGUAAGAGACACAAAAGUUCCACAUAAGAAAUCCACUAUGGCUUCUUUAGCGGAACGAAGAAAGUUAGGCGAACACAAUCAGAGCCAGAGCAUUGUGAGAAGCAAGGUUUCCCUUGCACAUGUAAUUCAACAUGCAGAAGGAUGCACACAGCAAAAUGGAUGGUCAAAACGCAGAGCAGUUUCUAUUGCUGAAAAGCUUGAACAAGAGAAUCUGAAGCUGGAACCUAGAUCAAGAAGCUUGCUUUGCUGGAAGGCAUCUAGAGUAACUCGCCGGAAGCUUUCUCGUUUUAAGAUUCGGACAAGGAAACCAAAAACUUUGUUGAGAUUUGUCUCCUGUGGAAAGUGUCUUACGGCAAAGUCACCAAGGUAGUGCAAUGAUUCAUAUUUGAUGGCCCUGAAGGCUUCAGUGCAGAGCUCAUUCGAUUGCUUCUAUUUAUUCAUUUUCCUGCUGCUUACAAGGCCAAUCCUGAUUCAAUUAAUAAGAAUAAAUUAGAAUAGGAGAAAUGAUUUAGGGUAGAUUUUAUUUAUGAAUUUUCAGUCAUUUCUUUAGAAAUUCUUCAUUUGUUUCCCUUUUCGUUCCAAAUUUAUUGCAGCCUUCUAUUCUUCA